AUGCUCGAGCAGCCAAAUCAGCGAGAGGAAUUGAUGAAAAUGACUGCAAACGGAUAUCUUGUUCUGCUGGAAAUUAUAACGACACAUUCAAGAAUGAUCGACACGUCUGAGCUGCUGCUCUCCCUGGAUCACGUGAAGUAUAGGAAGUCUGGGGAUGGAAGAUCACCAAUUGGCCGGUUGCUGUUGUACAAGGAACAUGUGGAAUGGAGAGAUAAUGCUGGACCGGAAAUCCUUUACGUGAAAUUCAUGCAAAUCAAAGGUCAGCGUGUUUCUCCGCCUAACAAGUCGAAGGUUCAGUUGCAGUUGGUGCUUCAAAAUGAUGACCAAGCAACGUUCGUGUUCUUGAAUCCUGCGCUUGACAAAGAGGCCUUGAUCAAGGAACGGGAUCUCCUCAAGGAAACGCUUCAACAGUCUUUGAUUGCCCACCGUCAACGGGUUAAUCAGUUAGCUGCAACCAAUGAGCACGAUAUCAAGCAGACCGAACUUAGGGAGAAACAACGAAUUCUCGGAGAGAAUAAACAGCUCGAUCAAUUGUAUACUCACCUCGUGGCUUCCAAAUUGAUAAGUGCUCAGGAUUUCUGGACCGAUUACUACAGCUCUAGUGGUACUGUAGAAGAUAAAACUGGAAUAAGUGGUGCGUUCCUCACAAAUAUCGUGCAACAAGAGGGAACAAAUGGCAUAAAGUUAAAUCUGAAUACUGAAAUCAUUCAAGCAGUUUUCAACACUUAUCCAGCAGUUGAGAAGAAACAUCUCGAGCUUGUUCCCCAUGAGAUGACUGAGUCGCAAUUCUGGACGAAGUUUUUCCAGUCACACUACUUCCACAGGGAAAGAGAGGUACUGCCUAAUCCCAAUGAUCCAUUUUCUGACUGCGUAAGAAUGGAUGAGGCUGAAAUGGAUAAAAUGCAUGGUGAUGGUGUUUAUCGCAAACGAUUUGACUUGGAACAUCUAGACGACAAUGUUAUCAAAGAGUUCACGAAACCGGAGACCUCCAAACCAUCUGCGAAGACCACUCUUGUUAGGCGUUGUAAUUACUUAUCCGAAAAAAUACUGUCUGCUUUGAAACCAUCCACCUCUACUUCGGAUGAAAGCAGCUCUCCAUCGAAACUCUCAGGCUUCGGUGUUUUGAAUAGGAUAAUUGAAGAGGAAGAAAGUAGACUGGAGUCAAGUGAAUUGAUGGAUCAAGUUGGGCCGCAGGAGUGUCUGAACCUCAGCAUCAAUGCUGAUCACGAAGGCGUAAAUCGAAGGUUUUCACCUGAGGAAGCUGCCAAUUUCAAGGACGUUGUUCUUACACUCUUGGAAAGCUCUUCAGAUGAGGAUAUAUUGAUUCCCGAAGACGAAGAGCUAGUUAAUUUCGAAGUUACCGAUAGUGAUAUGAAUGGUACCGAGCAUGACAGAGCUGAAGAAGGAUGUGGUGAUCCAUCAGAAUGGGGAUUGUCACCUCUUCAACUCAAUGAACUGCGAGCUAUCCAUGAUGCAGUCGCAGAACUUUUAAAACAUUUUUGGAUGUGCUUUCCGCCAGUCACACCUGAACUAGAGGAUAAGCUCCAACGAAUGAUCCAAACUCUUCACACUUAUGAAAACAAUCAGCUACGAGAAGCAGAACGCCAAUUUGGAAAACAAAACAAUGGUACCGAGCAUGACAGAGCUGAAGAAGGAUGUGGUGAUCCAUCAGAAUGGGGAUUGUCACCUCUUCAACUCAAUGAACUGCGAGCUAUCCAUGAUGCAGUCGCAGAACUUUUAAAACAUUUUUGGAUGUGCUUUCCGCCAGUCACACCUGAACUAGAGGAUAAGCUCCAACGAAUGAUCCAAACUCUUCACACUUAUGAAAACAAUCAGCUACGAGAAGCAGAACGCCAAUUUGGAAAACAAAACGUUUGUUCUGCUUACGAACGAUUUCGAAGCUCGUUGUCAAGUGUUUUGAUUAUUCAAGGAAAAGAGUUGAAAUUCAGAGUAGCUGUUCAUGCUGCCAAUCGGCCAGGUGUGCGAUGUCUCUCAAGUCUGUGCAGACCAGAGUUGGAUUUCGAUUUUCUCUUGGAUGAUGCUAAUUUGGAAGAAAUUAGGAAGAAUAUUACUGACAGAAAAGGAGUUGGCGACAUUGAUGCAGUUCGUAGGAAGUGGAAUGAUCUGCAGACGUUGAUGAGUACGCCGGAGAAGCCUCAAAUUACCGAGGCGGAGUUGAAAAAGAUGUGGAAUGAAUUGUACUUUGAAGCUCUGCGGAUACCGAACAUGUCUCAUCCAGAUGCUCCAAGAGGAGGUAUGGAGAAUGCAAAGGUGUUGGCAACCUGGGGAGAGAAACGGGAAGGUGCUUGUGUAAUGGCCGAGAAAUUGAUACAGUCGUGGCGAACAUUGUACUUCCCCACUGAUGCUUCUGGAGAGAGAAGUUAUGCGUUUGUAGGUGCACUGGCAAACCUGGAAAGAGUUCUGCUAGAGUACGUAUUCGAACGCGUAUCCGCCCUCGACUUCAAGCCUGUAUCUGUACCAGAUCUUGUGACGAAGGAAAUCACUGAAGCAUGUGGUGUGGUUCAACGUUCACAGAAGGACAUACAGUAUUCACUGCAAAAUGAGGAGAAUAUUGUCCUAUCUGGCACCGCCGAAAUGGGUAUUUCUGCACUGCUAAAGGAUCGCACUUUCGAGGAAGAGCAACUUCCAUUUCGAUUGGUAGCAAUGAGUAGGUGUUAUCGACCAGAAGUGAGUAGUUCGGCUAGUGAGGCAAAGCUCUAUCGAGUUCAUGAAUUCACGAAGGUGGAGAUGUACGUAGUUUGCACCCCUGAGCAAAGCGAUGGAGAAUUGGAUUAUCUCGUAGAUAUUCAGAAAGGAACAUUCGAGUCUCUGGGUUUACACUGCAGGCAAGUGGAUAUGCCAAGUGAAGAGCUGGGCGCACCAGCAGCACGAAAGGUGGACAUAGAAGCGUGGAUGCCUGGGCGACAGCUCUUCGGAGAGGUGUCAUCCGCCAGUAAUUGUACAGACUACCAAGCAAGACGAUUAGGAACGAAAAAGCCUAGACAUGCUCCCAGAUGUGAUCAGGAACCGAUUGAAGACGGGAUUCGCUAUGUCAACAAGGCAGGUGAGAAGAAAUUCGUUCACACCUGCAAUGGAACAGCAGUAGCAUCUACAAGAACUCUCAUCAGUAUAUUGGAGACUUUCCAAACGGAACGAAAAAGCUUAGAAAUGCUCCCAGAUGUGAUCAGGAACCGAUUGAAGACGGUGCGACCGCCUCCAUUGAAGUUCCAACCAGCAAAGCCUUUAGCAUAG